AUGGCGGCGGCGGCGGUGGAGGUGAGCAACAGGAGCGUGAUCCAGAAGCGGCACGUGACGGGGUUCCCCACCGAGGACGACAUGGAGCUCGUCACGGCGACGGCGCGCGUGGCCGUGCCGCCAGGGUCGGCGGCGGUGAUGGUGAAGAAUCUCUACCUCUCCUGCGAUCCCUACAUGCGCAGCCGGAUGACCAACCACAAGGAGCCCAGCUACGUCCCGGACUACGUCCCAGGGGAGAUUAUACCGACUUUCGGUGUCAGCAAGGUGGUAGAAUCCGGGCACCCGGAUUACAAGGCCGGUGAUCUGGUGUGGGGAAUGACAGCAUGUGAAGAAUACACCUUGAUCACUACUCCGGAUUCGCUUUUCAAGAUCAACCAUCCCGAAUUACCGCUGUCGUACUACUUAGGUGUUCUCGGCAUGCCAGGCCUUACUGCAUAUGCUGGAUUUUUCGAUGUGUCCAAGCCAAAAAAGGGCGACUAUCUGUUUAUCUCGGCAGCAUCAGGCGCCGUCGGACAACUUGUCGGGCAGCUUGCCAAGAUCACAGGUUGCUAUGUAGUUGGCAGUGCCGGUUCUGAUGAGAAG